UGUGCGGGGCGGGCUCUCAGUGGUGCGGCCGGCAGGCAGCGAUGGCGGCCGUACGGGGCCUGCGGGUGUCGGUGAAGGCGGAGGCCCCGGCGGGGCCAGCUCUGGGGCUCCCGUCACCUGAGGCAGAGUCCAGUGUGGACCGUGGCGAGCCGGAGCCUAUGGAGGUGGAGGAGGGCGAGCUGGAGAUCGUGCCGGUGCGGCGCUCGCUGAAGGAACUGAUCCCGGACACAAGUAGAAGAUAUGAAAACAAGGCUGGCAGCUUUAUCACUGGGAUUGAUGUCACUCCAAGGCUAGAAAUGUUAGCCCUGGACCGAGACAUGAUGAAGAAAGCAAUCCCCAAAGUGAGAUUGGAGACGAUCUACAUUUGCGGAGUAGAUGAGAUGAGUACCCAGGAUAUCUUUUCCUAUUUUAAAGAAUAUCCUCCAGCUCAUAUUGAAUGGUUGGAUGAUACCUCCUGUAAUGUGGUUUGGCUGGAUGAAAUGACUGCUACACGAGCCCUUAUCAAUAUGAGCUCUCUGCCUGCCCAGAAUAAGAUGAAAAGCAGGGAUGCCAAUGAGGACAAGUCAUCUGAGAAAAGUAAAAAAGACAAGCAAGAAGACAGUUCAGAUGAUGAUGAGGCUGAAGAAGGAGAAGUUGAAGAUGAGAACUCAAGUGAUGUAGAGUUGGACACAUUAUCUCAGGUAGAAGAGGAAUCUUUGUUAAGAAACGAUCUUCGUCCAGCCAACAAACUUGCUAAAGGAAAUAGGUUAUUCAUGAGAUUUGCUACAAAAGAUGACAAAAAGGAACUUGGAGCAGCUAGAAGAAGUCAGUAUUACAUGAAAUAUGGGAAUCCAAAUUAUGGAGGCAUGAAAGGAAUUCUUAGCAAUUCAUGGAAGCGGAGAUAUCAUUCCCGUCGCAUUCAGCGGGAUGUGAUCAAGAAGAGAGCCCUGAUUGGGGAUGAUGUUGGCUUGACGUCGUAUAAACACCGACAUUCCGGAUUAGUAAAUGUUCCUGAGGAACCCAUUGAAGAGGAGGAAGAGGAAGAGGAGGAGGAAGAGGAGGAGGAGGAAGACCAGGACAUGGAUGCAGAUGACAGGGUGGUGGUAGAGUACCAUGAGGAGCUCCCAGCUCUCAAGCAGUCCCGGGAACGGAGUGCAUCUCGGCGGUCCAGUGCCAGCAGCUCAGACUCAGAUGAAAUGGAUUAUGAUCUAGAACUGAAAAUGAUUUCCACCCCUUCACCAAAGAAAAGCAUGAAAAUGACUAUGUAUGCUGAUGAAGUGGAAUCUCAACUGAAAAAUAUUAGGAACUCCAUGAGAGCAGAUAGUAUAUCCUCAAGCAAUAUCAAAAACCGAAUUGGUAACAAAUUACCAUCCGAGAAAUUUGCAGAUGUCCGACAUCUAUUAGAUGAAAAACGUCAGCACUCACGUCCACGGCCACCAGUCAGCAAUACUAAGUCAGAUAUACGCCAGCGGUUAGGAAAAAGACCAUAUUCUCCAGAAAAGGCUUUUAGUAGUAACCCAGUUGUUCGGAGAGAGCCUUCUGAUGUACAUAGUAGACUGGGCGUUCCCAGGCAAGAUAUUAAAGGCCUCUACUCUGAUACUCGGGAGAAGAAAUCAGGUAGCUUAUGGACUCGCUUAGGAUCUGCACCCAAGACCAAAGAAAAGAAUACGAAGAAAGUGGAUCACAGGGUGCCUGGCACCGAGGAAGAUGACUCCGAGCUGCAAAGGGCAUGGGGGGCUCUGAUUAAGGAGAAAGAGCAGUCUCGUCAAAAGAAGAGCCGGUUAGAUAACUUACCAUCUCUCCAGAUUGAAGUUAGUCGGGAAAGCAGCUCUGGUUCAGAGGCAGAGUCCUGAUGCCCUGGGGCCUGUGGCAGCUGCCCUAAAGCCUGACAUUCUUGCACAGGGUGGGGCGCACAGUAGGAACCUCCCCCUUCAGGAGUUGGCACCCUCUUGCUCCUACUCCUACAGUCACCCUCAGCUCUUGCUGCUUCAGCAAGACAUCUUGAGAAUGUGACGAGCUUUGAAGGGCAUCUCUCUAUCUUUUGCUGCAGAGUUAUAGUUCUGGGCCCUUGAUUCUUUUCCCACAACCCCACAGGCUUUACCCUUUGAGAAAAAGGCAACCCUCCAGAUUUUGUAGACGUUUUCUUAAUAUUUUUAACAUUGUGUCUUUUAAAAGAAAUGUUUUACACAGUUCAUCCAAAGAGCAGAGAACUGAACUUCUCACUAUUGCCUUGGCCCUGACAGCUGUUACCAGCACCCUUUUCCCAAGAAAAGUCAAUUCCCAGGUGCUUAUUGGACAGCCUUCGAGGGGGAAGAUGAGGGAAGCUGCCAGCUCACCCUUCCGGGACCCUAGUGUGGGGGCGAAUCUCACGGACCUGACCUCAGAGGUGCACCAGUGCCGCCCAGGUAGAUAAGAGACGCAGCAUUGAUCGUGCUUCCGUUCUUCCCUCGGUGAUUCCUAAUGUUAGGGGCCUCUUACUAGCUAUCAGCUUGAUGUGAAGAUCAAGUUCAGUGCUGUGGGAGUUUUAGAAACAAAAAACUAUGACUUCUGGAUUUGGGGUUGAUUUUUGUGCUAGGGGUGGGGUUGUGGGUUAAUGUUGAACAAUUUUUAAGUCUGUAUUAUGUUUAAAAAUAUUAAUGAUUUAAAAGUUUUAAUUUUUAUAUGUGGAAAUUCUUCCUGUUGGCUACAGGGGAAGCUCAAGUGGUGUCUUCUUUUGUGCUGUUAAAUAUAUAUUAUAUACUUUGGAAGAAGGCAAAGAGAGGAGUCUCAUUAUUUUUAAAUGCUCCUAAUUGUAUAGUCUGUUUGUUGUACAUAGAGUUCAACUUGCUUUUCGGCCCACUGUAGGAAAAAGAGUCCAUCCAUCUGAGAUGGGGCCCUGUUGUUUAUUAUAACAUUAGAAGUGAUACAUUGAUAUUUAUUUUUUCUGUCUCCAAGUUGUGGCACCUGAAAACUUUGUCAAAACUGGCAAAUAAGAUAUUGGUUACAAAAAUUUUAGUUUGUUUAUUUUUAAACUUGUUUCAGAUUAUUUUACCACAAAAAGAAGGUAGUUAUUUUGUCUUCCAGUCUGAUUUUUAUUUUGAAGUAUUUAAUUUUGUAUUCCUCUGCAGGCUUAAAAAGUAGUGUUCCACUUCAGUCCACUAGAACUCGGGAGGUGGAGAUAGUAAUAAGCCUUUGUCCCUUUU